AUGGCACUGGUUAUAAACAGCCUUCCGCCACGGCCAGCCUCGCGAAGUAGUUCGUUCAGAAUUCGCAGAAAGAGCUCAUGGGCAGCUUUGCUGCAAGAACGUACAAUCUCGAGAGCGAACCGUACUGAUCCCGAACUGCCCUACCACGACGAUGGACUGGUCUCUAUCAGUAUAAAAGAACCGUGGAAGAACUUGGAUACAUUUGCCCAAUUAGGGUUGACCUUGGAUCCAGAGGAAGACGACCAUGUCAGCCAGGUGCUAGAUCUUCAGACACCAUCGAAAGCAAUCGAUCAUCCAAAAACUCAGCAGACGGGAGCUUCGUCUGAUUCAAAGCCUUUUCACCGGUGGAUGAAGACAUUGCAGCGUAGAUCUCGGCAUAAACUAAUUCAAAGCAGUGCGGGAGACCUAGAGUCUUUUCCUAGCCUUGUUGAUGACUCGUCUGCUUAUAGUUGCCAUCGAAGGUCUUCGUCCGAUUCAUCAUUUGGCUAUGUUGCUGGUGUAAGGAGUGCAACUAUAAGCAUCGAUGGGAGUGCACUUACGCGAUCCCGACAAAACACUGCUCAGUCAUCGUACUAUGCCAGGACAGAUCGUAGUGCUCGAGCUUCGGUUUCGAUUGGAAGACGAUCAGAGGAUAGUGUCCGCUCGGAGCGAAGUGUGGCUGACCCUGCCAUUACGGAGCGUCUACUGCAGCGUCGGCGCAUCCUCGAAGAGCUCAUUGGGACAGAGGAGAGCUAUAUUGGAGACGUCAAAUUCUUGAUGAACGUAUAUGUCACCAUCCUCGCCUCGGUUCCGACGCAGCAUCCUGGUCUACGGUCUUCUAUCAAUCGCAACUUGACAGAAAUAGUCGAGCUCCACGAAGAAAUACUUGGAGAUCUUCAUCGAGCAGUACCCGACUCUGAGUAUACCCAGAUCGACCAAGCGCAUGUAACGCCAAAACCGGCUGCAAAAGCUGCUCGCCACCAAAGAUGGCGCAGCCUCGAUUCUGUGCCAGAAGAUGAAUCAGGAACAGCUUGGCUGCACGCAACUGCUGGCAUGACAGCAGAUCCGGAUGUGGCCGCUGAUGUCGCCCGAAUCUUUCGUACAAGAAUGCAUCGGUUCUUUGUUUAUGAGGAGUACGGCGCAAAAUACGAAAUGAUGAUCAGGGAUGUCGCAUCAGCUCCACGUGCUAUGCCUCAGUGGGACACCUAUCAAAAGGGGCUUGAAGCUCUUGCAGCCUCACUGGGCUCAGUAAACCAUCAGCUGGAUGGUUCGAGGAAGUCCCUCACCAUUGGCGAUCUUCUGGUCAAGCCCAUACAGCGAAUUUGCAAAUAUCCUCUGCUUUUUGCCGAGCUGCUCAAGUAUACGCCCGUGUGCGAUUGCCCCAGUGCUCACUCGGAAAUCGAAAGUGUCCUUGCUCGCCUGCGCGAAGCCACGUCAGAAAUCAACCGGGCCACGGAUGAUCCGUCUGUCAAGUCAUCCAUGGAAACUACAUGGCUCUUGCAGGAUCGUCUCGUGUUUCCAAACCAAAGCUUUGAUCCAUCACUGAAAGCCACUGUCCGCUCCUUGGGACAGAUACAAUUAUGCGGAGCUCUCCACAUCUGCUGGCAGACACGGGGAGGAGCUGAAGGCCGGUACAUGGUCUGCCUUUUAUAUAAAGAAUGCCUCUGCCUGGCAACCGCGUCCAGGUCCGAUCAACUCUACACUAUACAGGCUUGCAUCGGCCUGAAUACCAUCAAAAUUGAAGAAGCGGAUAAUGGCAGAGGUCUCCAGUGUCACACUGCACCAUUCUCCUGGAAACUCGUGUUUGAGAUUGACCAUCAACUCUACGAGGUGAUCAUGACAGCGUGUACACCCAGAGAAGAGAAUGAAUGGAGGAGCCGACUGGCAUGCGCAAGCGAGGCACAAGAAGCCGGAGAACCUCUAUUCUGUAGCUCACUGUCCUUGAACAUCAAAAGCCUGGGAACUGUAUUCGGAAAGCCAGGAUCUGUCGCUCGUCGCUUAUCAAUUCACCGGGCGACCACCGUCGGUCCAAAAUCUCCUUUGUGCCAAGUGAUACUGAAGAACACCACUACGGUGAGGGAAACCCCCAGCUCAACCAGCGAUACACCCAACAUCAACCGUUCUCAGUCUCUGCUCACGACAACCACGAGAAUCCCUAUUUUGGCACCGCCUCGUGGGGAUCGCGCGCGUAUCGAGGCACAACUUUCGGAUGUCUGGAGCCGCAAGAUCUUGCCGUUUCCGGGCAUCACACCUCGGUCGCGAAGUGAGCAUCUUGUUCGCGCUUCUGCCUCAACCAUGAUGCGCAAACUGAGCGUGGCAAGUAUUACUAGUUCGUUUGCGAAACGAUCUGGUAGCUCGGCAAGUGUGAGCACCAUGAGGGCAAGCGAAGACGAACUUUCGCCGACAAAAGAGUAUGCCGAGUCAAUUACGAAGAGGAGUUGUGACGUGUCAUCUGUUACAUUAAGUUUGGACCAAGACCAGAGUGAUAUUCAGAGACUGCCAGUCAUUCGAGACGCAACAGAGAGAACCAGCGGUUGCAGCGCGAGCAAUUCAUCCGAUGAGGGGAUUGUCAUGUCAGUAACGAUUAGGAGACACGGGUCACAGAGUCUUGACGAAGCCAGCGAAUUCCAAAGAUCUGGAGAUAUAAAAGAAGAGGCUCUUGCCCAAGACUCUCCCACGGGGGCAUUACCAACAGACAGUAUAUCACGACGACCACCCAUCCAGCGUCCUCCAGCCACCGAACCCGAGGCAAGGCCGGCGCCGACGAAGAAGAAAGAAAACAUAUCAAAAGCGAAUCAAACCAAGCGGCCAGUCCAGGAGACUGCGAGUCCUGCGAAGCUUACCAAGCGAUCCAAAGCUACCGGUGUCGAGCGAAGCGGCGUGGCUGGCGCAUUCCGCAGCUUUUUCAGAUGA